GCCCCAGGAGAAUCUAUAAGAGGACCACCAGGUCCACCUGGACCACCUGGCCCUCCAGGAGUAUCUGGCACUCCAGGAGUGGUGGCUGAAAUAGCUGGCUCUGGAGAUGAUCAGCAGAUAUUUGGAGAGAACUACGCUUCGCUUGGUCAAUGUGGCUGCAACUCAAGUACUAUCCUAGCUCUCUUGCAAACUGCUCCAGAGCUCAAAGGUCCACCUGGACCACCGGGAAUAACAGGCGCCGAUGGACGAACUGGUGCUCCUGGAUUACCUGGUCAACCAGGAACUCCAGGUGAACGUGGUCCAAUUGGUCCUCGAGGUGACAAAGGUGAUAGGGGUGAUGUUGGUCCUAGGGGACCAGAAGGACCAGCUGGUGCUAAAGGAGAAGCUGGAGUAGAUGGAAGACCAGGUAUCGCUGGUCCACCCGGUCCGCCUGGACCUCCAGGAACCUCAGAUUAUAGUAAUUUUGAUGAGUCACUUCUCGGAUCUUAUGGAGGAGCGAUUGGAAGACCAGGAGCGCCUGGUCCUAAGGGCGAUGCAGGUCAACCGGGACCAAUAGGACCACAAGGCGAACGAGGAUUCCCAGGUCAAAAAGGAGAGAGAGGUCAGCCUGGUAUGGGAGGAAGCAAGGGAGAUAGGGGUUAUCCGGGACCUCAAGGAGAACGAGGGUAUAAAGGUGAUCGUGGAGGCCCAGGGUUGGAUGGAAGACCAGGCAUACCAGGUGCCAGUGGUAGACCAGCUGAUAAGGGAGAAAAAGGUGAACGCGGUGAACCGGGACCACCAGGUCCACCGGCACUUGGAAUGUACAGUCCUGAAGAUGCAGAAUUCCUCACGACUGGACAAAGGCAGGCUGUGGUUGGCUCGAAAGGAGACAAAGGUGAAAAGGGAGAAAAAGGAGGUCGAGGCAAUGACGGGCCCCCUGGUUUCCCAGGCAAAGAUGGUAGGGACGGUGAUCGAGGGGACAUUGGUCCCUCAGGCAUGCCUGGUAUCUCAGGACCACCUGGUCCUCCUGGAUUAAAAGGAGAGAGAGGAGAAAGAGGACCACCUGGACCUAUCAGCGUUACAAUGGCUGGAUCUGAUAUUGUUACUAUUAAGGGUGACAAAGGUGACGCUGGUUUACGAGGAAGGAGAGGUAGACCUGGUCCAAGCGGUCCCAAAGGUAGUGCUGGAACACCUGGUCCACCUGGACCACCUGGAAGACCUGGUGAUAAGGGAGACAUAGGGCUACCAGGAUGGAUUGGUCGUCCAGGCACAUUAGGACCACCUGGGCAGCCAGGACCUGUUGGACCCAAAGGUGAAAAGGGUGAUCCAGGUGUAAACAUCCUAGAUGUAUCAAUGUUCAAAGGUGAAAAAGGCGAGCGUGGCUUCGAUGGACUCCCAGGUCUACCUGGCGUUCCUGGUCCAGCGGGACCACCCGGUCCAUCUGGAUCUCUUUCAGAGGCUAUCCAGUACUUGCCAGGACCGCCUGGACCUCCAGGACCACCCGGACCUCCGGGCCCACCAGGAGUGUCCAUAGUUGGACCUAAAGGAGAACCAGGAUUCACACACUAUGAAGAACAUCCUGUUCAUGGAAAUACCAAAUUCUAUGGUAGACCGAGACCAGUCCAAUCACACCCUGCUGUCCAUCACACAGAAGAUUCCAACAAGUCAGUCCCAGGUGCAGCAGUGUUCCAAACUACGGAGGAAAUGUUAAAGCUCGCCUCAUCGAGUGCUGUCGGUGCUCUGGCUUACGUUGUCGAAGAGCAAGCUUUGUUUGUCAAAGUUAAUUCCGGAUGGCAAUACGUACUGCUUGGGUCUUUAGUGACACAGUCUGCGCCCACGCAUCCGACGCCUGCGCCCGCUCCACCACCACCAAUGCCUGCCGCGAGUUUGGUGCACAAGCCAUCAAUAUCUAAUCUCGUUGAAAGUUCACCUGUACCUGGUCCUAGCCUUCACUUGGCGGCGCUUAACGAGCCGUUGCCAGGCAACAUGCAUGGUAUACGUCGAGCUGACUACGCCUGCUACCGACAAGGAAGACGCGCCGGUUUCAGAGGCACCUUCAGAGCUUUAUUGACUAGCAAGAUACAAAAUCUGAACUCAAUAGUUCGUUACUCGGAUCGUCAUCUACCAGUUGUGAAUACCCAAGGUGAAGUCUUGUUCAAGUCGUUUUCGGACAUGUUCGAUGGUAACGGAGCUUUAGCUGAUGGAGCCAGAAUAUACAGCUUCAAUGGAAGAAACGUUCUUACUGACUCUCAUUGGCCACAAAAAGUAAUCUGGCAUGGAUCCCGCUCUAAUGGUGAAAGAGCCUUGGACAGUUACUGUCAAGAAUGGCAGAAUGGGGAUCCUACAAGCCGUGGCCUUGGAUCCGCACUACACUCCCAUAAACUACUGGCACAAGAGAGAUAUCCUUGCAGUAGUCACUUUAUUGUACUGUGCGUGGAAGUAGCGUCGGAAAUAAAUUCUCGAAGAAAACGAGAAACAAUAAGAUACAAUACGACGGGCAUACUAGAUGAAGACGACUACCUUUACAACGCAGAAGAAUACCAACAACUACUGAACGAAAUAUUUGCUCAACCAUUGAGAGAAAAUUAAUAGAGUGACGUCACCAAUUGUCAGAGUCACGUCAGAAUGCAUAAACGGCUCAUAAGAUCCAAAUCGUAUAAUUUGUAUUGACGUUGUUUGCUAUCGACAAUUAAUGUGAAAAUGUAAAAAAAUGAGAAGUGAAGGGAUAUUUAAAUGUAAACUUUUGGCAAUAAAGAUUGGCAAUUUAAAAAGAUCUCUUCGCAAAUAGAUAAUUUUUAAGGCAAACAGCCAUUUUGCCAUUGAUAGCUAAUUGUAUAACAACUCUUUCGUUGUACGAUCAUUUAUUUUCGAACGAAUCGAUAUCUCUUUUCGUUACAUUCUGUGUUGUCGAACGCCCUUUUCGAAAAUAUUUAGCCAAAUUCUGAAAUUGCGGGCGAUUUUUAAAAUGAGAUUAAUAAAAAAAUAAGUCAGAGCUUGGUGUUUGUGAGAUUCCUAUUAAACUAAGCGUGUAAGCUUAAGCUACUGAAAGUUACUACAUACCUACAUUCGUAUUACUGUAUGUAUAGUGAAAUGUAAUUAGUUUGCGCUUCAUACUGCGCUUAGAGUGUUUGUAAAUAAAAUUUUUGUAAAAUGUGUUGAUUGGCUAAUUUACUGAGUAGAAUUACGAAU